GGGGUGGGGCUACGUGUGGGUGACGUGGCGGCUUCUAGGCUCCAGUCGGGUUUCCGCGGCUUCGGCCCCCGCGGAGGUGGCGGAGGCGGUCUGGGAGAUUGUGGCAGUGGCAGCGGCGGCAGGCGGCAGACAGGAGUCCGAGGUUAUGCGUCUCAAUGAUCCCGCGGAAACGCUACGGGUCUAAGAACACGGAUCAGGGUGUCUACCUGGGUCUGUCAAAGACACAGAUCUUGUCCCCUGCAACUGCUGGCAGUAGCAGCAGCGACAUCGCCCCUGUGCCCCCACCAGUGGCCCUGGUCCCUCCCCUUCUUGACACCAUGUCCUGCCGGGACCGGACCCAGGAGUUCCUAUCUGCCUGCAAGUCCCUGCAAAGUCAUCAGAAUGGAAUCCAGACGAACAAGCCGGCCCUGCAUGCUGUCCGGCAGCGAAGUGAAUUCACACUCAUGGCCAAGCGCAUUGGGAAAGACCUCAGCAACACAUUUGCCAAGCUGGAGAAGCUGACUAUCUUGGCAAAGCGCAAGUCUCUCUUUGAUGAUAAAGCAGUGGAAAUUGAGGAGCUAACAUAUAUCAUCAAACAGGACAUCAAUGGCCUCAAUAAACAAAUUGCUCAGCUUCAGGAUUUCGUGAGGGCCAAGGGCACCCAGAGUGGCCGGCACCUGCAGACACAUUCCAACACCAUUGUGGUCUCCUUGCAGUCCAAAUUGGCCUCCAUGUCCAAUGACUUCAAAUCAGUUUUAGAAGUGAGGACAGAGAACCUGAAGCAGCAGAGGAAUCGGCGGGAGCAGUUCUCCCGAGCACCUGUGUCUGCCCUGCCCCUUGCUGCCAACCACCUGGGGGGUGGUGCUGUGGUUUUAGGGGCAGAGUCCCGUGCCUCAGGGGAUGUGGCCAUUGACAUGAUGGACUCUCGGACCAGCCAGCAGCUGCAGCUCAUUGACGAGCAGGAUUCCUAUAUCCAGAGUCGGGCAGACACCAUGCAGAACAUUGAGUCUACAAUUGUUGAGCUGGGCUCCAUCUUUCAGCAGUUGGCGCACAUGGUUAAGGAACAGGAGGAAACCAUUCAGAGGAUCGACGAGAACGUGCUGGGAGCCCAGCUGGAUGUUGAUGCUGCCCAUUCAGAGAUCCUCAAGUACUUCCAGUCAGUCACCUCCAACCGGUGGCUCAUGGUCAAAAUCUUCCUCAUCCUCAUUGUCUUCUUCAUCAUCUUUGUGGUCUUCCUUGCCUGAACCCUGUCUACUCUGAGGCACUCCGUGGGGGGUUGGAGCCCUCCUGGGAGGGCAGGUGGCCGGUACUGCCACUGAGCCUGUGCAGGGUGCUUGGGAGAAAGGCCCUGUUUCCCUGGAACUGCUAAGAAUGGCCACUGUCCCUUGAUCCCCCAGCCUUGUCUUGCCUCUGGCUACGCUGCCUCCCCUCACCACCCCCAGGACCACAAACUACACAGGGUUCUGGAUUCGGACUCUGCUGUGAAGUGGCUGAAAGGGAGUAGAGGCCAGCUGGGGGCCAGCAGGGAGGCUGUCUCCACUAGGAGAUUUUUAUAAACCCUUCACAGCCUCUCCCAAAGGAAACUGUGGGAGCAAGGGGAGAUGAUGUCCUUCCCCACUUUCCUGAGAGUGAGGAGAGGAAUAGAAGCUGCCCCAGGGACCAACUUUCCCAUCUGGGUUAGAACUUGACCUCUUUCUUUUUCCUCUCUUCACCAUGUGAGGCAGAGGGCCCAGAGCCCUUUGGCUGCCUGCACAACCCCCCGACAUUGGCUGCUGGUGACUCAAUCUGCCAAAUGCACUGCAGCCUGUUUUCUCCCAAUUACAGCAAGACUGUAAGCCUC